GGAUGAGUGCCGUUCUUGAGGGAGUGCUACUGCAACAGACGUUUCGAUACUUUCAAAUAUACCGCUCUGAUCCUUGGUACCUCAAAGUCUGGGUCAUAAUCGUGGUGGGGUCUCAAUCGGCUGGCACGGCACUCACUAUGCAUACGGCUUAUUUCUACCUGGUCACCAAUUACUUCAACCCUGGUGUCAUCAUUGCGGGUGCUGCAAUCUCCGCUAAGGUGUUACCCUUCAUUGGAGCCGUAACAAACCUUGCCGUGGAACUCUUCUACGUCAGGCGGGUGUACUUGCUCGGACGUCGUCACAAAUUCUUCGCUAUAUUCUCGCUACUCCUGAUUCUCACUGGAAUCGCGUUCCUCAUUGUCCUGGGUGCGGAAACGUUCAAAUUCAAUAGUCUCCAGCAGGAUACAUCCAAUGGCGGGCUUGGUGGCAGUUCAAUUGCAAGCCCGACAUUCAUGCUGGCUGCAGAUGUCCAGUUGACAGGUGUUCUCAUAUUUGCCCUACACACAAGUCGCAGUGGUAUUUCUCGUACCAACAAGAUGAUCAACAUGAUUAUCGUAUAUUCCGUCAGCUCUGGGUUCCUCAUCUGUGUAGCGAACCUCGUCUCCAUCAUACUUGCUGCUGUACAGCCUCACAGUGUCCUUUUCACUGUCGCCACGAUGGUCGGAGGACAAAUAUACAGCAACUCUUUCAUUGUUGCAUUGAACACACGCCGCCUCGUCCAGAGGCGCGGUGACAAGCCAACGACGGUCAUGGACCCCUCGAAAACUGACAUUCUGCAAGGUGGUCCUGGGUCCGGAACUGCGAUCGGUGAUAUGGAGCUGGAGUCGAUGGCGUUCGCUGGAGGGGCCAUUUCGACUCAACUGAAGGACUCCAUGGCCCACGGAGACUCUACUGCAGUGUUGGACUUCAAGAUAGGAACGCUCUCCACAAAUGGUACCAUGCCAGUGAUGGACGAGAAAGCAGGUCCGGUAGAGGAAUGCCCUGUGUAA